GAAUAGAUGAUAGAUUUUAUUCUGUGUCACGUGACUCUCCCACUCUUCGGGCGACCCCAGGCGUCAUUCUCGUUAUAGACUUGAUCCUCCUCAGAACAAAACAUCCAAGCUAACCACCAUCUUCCCUCUCAAAUUGAGAGGAAAACAGGACUUCACGGCGGAUUUUUUGAUAUGAAAAACUUAAAAUGGGUGAUGUCCACCACAAUAAUUGCGGCGCUGGCCAUUUUCUGGCCAUCAUUCGUCCUCGCCUUUCCGUCAGAAGAAUUAUCUUUUUUGAGGCCAAAGAAAGAUGUACAGUCAAUACUGGAAUGGAGUUCUGAAGAUGACAGUGAUGAUCUCCAGCUAGGCCAAUUCAAUGACCAAGAUGGAUCAGAAGAAGAAAGCGAAGAAGGACGUGAGCAAUAUCUAAGACAACACCCACACCCAAGACCACAUCCAGGACCAACCGAUGAACCACAGCCAGAGCCAAGACCACAUCCUCGCCCACACCCACAUCCAAGACCAAUCCCAAGACAAGAUCCAGGAGCAACCGAUGAACCACAGCCAGAGCCCAGACCACAUCCUCGCCCAACCGUUGAACCUCGUCCAUAUCCCAUCCCAAGACCAGAUCCAGGAGCAACCGAUGAACCACAGCCAGAGCCCAGACAACAUCCUCGCCCAACCGUUAAACCUCGUCCAUAUCCCAUCCCAAGACCAGAUCCAGGAGCAACCGAUGAACCACAGCCAGAGCCAAGACCACAUCCUCGCCCAACCGUUAAACCUCGUCCAUAUCCCAUCCCAAGACCAGAUCCAGGAGCAACCGAUGAACCACAGCCAGAGCCCAGACCACAUCCUCGCCCAACCGUUAAACCUCGUCCAUAUCCCAUCUCAAGACCACAUCCAGGACCAAAAGAUAAACUAAAGCCACAGCCCAGACCACAUCCUCGCCCAACCGUUAAACCUCGUCCAUAUCCCAUCCCAAGACCAGAUCCAGGAGCAACCGAUAAACCACAGCCAGAGCCCAGACCACAUCCUCGCCCAACCGUUAAACCUCGUCCAUAUCCCAUCCCAAGACCAGAUCCAGGAGCAACCGAUAAACCACAGCCAGAGCCCCGACCACAUCCUCGCCCAACCGUUAAACCUCGUCCAUAUCCCAUCCCAAGACCAGAUCCAGGAGCAACCGAUGAACCACAGCCAGAGCCCAGACCACAUCCUCGCCCAACCGUUAAACCUCGCCCAUAUCCCAUCCCAAGACCACAUCCAGGACCAAAAGAUAAACUAAAGCCACAGCCCAGACCACAUCCUCGCCCAACCGUUAAACCGCGUCCAUAUCCCAUCCCAAGACCAGAUCCAGGAGCAACCGAUAAACCACAGCCAGAGCCCAGACCACAUCCUCGCCCAACCGUUAAACCUCGUCCAUAUCCCAUCCCAAGACCAGAUCCAGGAGCAACCGAUGAACAGCAGCCAGAGCCCAGACCACAUCCUCGCCCAACCGUUAAACCUCGUCCAUAUCCCAUCCCAAGACCACUUCCAGGACCAAAAGAUAAACUAAAGCCACAGCCCAGACCACAUCCUCGCCCAACCGUUAAACCUCGUCCAUAUCCCAUCCCAAGACCAGAUCCAGGAGCAACCGAUAAACCACAGCCAGAGCCCAGACCACAUCCUCGCCCAACCGUUGAACCUCGUCCAGAUCCCAUUCCAAGACCACUCUCACACCCACAUCCUCACACUACUGAACAGCCAGAGGUAGAAUCUUAGGAGGUCUAAAUGAUAGUGGAUAUAAGAAACCCAUCACUACUAAAAUGUUUUAAUUUAUUUUUAACGAGAAGCGUAAUUAUUUUCUUAACUUAAUACUUCUAGAUAAAUCUCUGUAAGACCUAUUGCAUUUCCCAAAUGAAUCGAAAAUAAAGAUUAUUAAAAUAUUUUCUUGUUCAAUAUCACUAUACCCAGUGAAGUCCUAAAUAUACA